AUGAAAGUCACGCUUGACUUUAAGCCCGGCCGUGUCGAAGCGCUGCAGGACAGCCCGCAGCCGGUCUGCGAAGGACGAGCCAUGUCCAGAACCAGGAAACAUCAGUGUGAAAGUCCACAGCCAGUGGACAGUUAUGAUGUGACAGUGUCGGAAGAUCUGGGGGAGAUCCAGCUGAUAAAAAUUGAGAAACGAAAGUAUUGGUUUCCCGAUGAUUGGUACCUUAAGUACAUCACAGUGAAAACACCAAUAGGUGAUUACCUGGAGUUUCCAUGUUACAGAUGGAUUACAGAUGAAAAAGAGGUGGUUCUCCGAGAUGGGCGAGCCAAGCUUUCCAAGGAUGACAAAACUCAGAUUCUUAAACAUCACCGACGCAAAGAACUGGAGGAUCGCCAGAAAAUGUAUCGAUGGGGAGAAUGGCAUCCAGGCUUCCCCUUAAACAUAGAUGCCAAAACUCACAAAGAGUUGCCUCGCAACAUUCAGUUUGACAGUGAAAAAGGAGUCGACUUCAUUUUGAAUUAUACCAAAGCGAUGGAAAAUCUGUAUGUGAACCGCUUUAUGCACAUGUUCCAGUCCUCCUGGAGUGACUUUGCAGAUUUUGAGAAGAUCUUUGUCAGAAUUAGCAAUACAAUUUCGGAGUAUGUGAUGCAGCACUGGCAGGAAGAUUUCAUGUUUGGAUACCAGUUAUUGAAUGGGUGCAAUCCUGUAAUGAUCCAAAAGUGCACAGAACUACCCAAAAAGUUUCCAGUGACCACAGAAAUGGUAGAAUGCAGUUUGGAGAGGAAUCUGACCUUGGAAGAAGAGAUAACGCAAGGGAAUAUUUUCAUAGUGGAUUAUGAACUCCUGGAUGGCAUUGAAGGCAAUAAGACAGACCCCUGCACAGUACAAUACUUAGCUGCUCCGAUCUGUUUAUUAUAUAAGAACUUGCAGAAGAAGAUUGUCCCUAUUGCUAUCCAGAUCAAUCAGACUCCUGGCCCAGACAAUCCCAUUUUCCUUCCAUCAGAUGCUAAGUAUGACUGGUUAUUAGCCAAGAUCUGGGCUCGGUCUUCAGACUUCCAUGUGCAUCAGACUGUCACACAUCUCCUUCGGACUCAUUUAGUUUCAGAGGUGUUUGCCGUGGCCAUGUUCCGUCAGCUGCCAGGUGUCCAUCCUCUUUUCAAGCUCCUUGUACCCCAUGCGCGGUUUACAAUUGCCAUCAAUACCAAAGCCCGGGAGCAACUCAUCUGUGAAUACGGUCUAUUUGACAAGGCAAAUGCCACUGGAGGAGGUGGGCACGUGCAGAUGGUCCAGCGAGCAAUGAAGUACCUCACUUACAGCUCCCUCUGCUUCCCUGAAGAAAUCAAAGCAAGACGCAUGGAGAGCACUGAGGAGAUUCCGUACUACUUCUUUCGGGACGACGGCAUCAAAGUGUGGGAGGCAGUGAGGAGCUUUGCUUCAGAUGUUGUCGCCAUCUAUUAUGACAGUGAUGAGACAGUGUGUGAGGAUUUGGAACUCCAGGCCUUUGUGAAGGACAUUUAUGUCUACGGCAUGAGAGGCAACAAGGCAUCAGGAUUUCCCAAGACAAUCAAGACACGGGAGAAGUUGUCAGAAUAUCUCACUGUAGUGAUUUACGUAACGUCAGCACAACAUGCAGCUGUGAAUUUUGGCCAGUAUGACUGGUGUUCCUGGAUUCCCAAUUCCCCCCCAACAAUGCGCCGCCCACCACCGACAGAAAAGGGGAGUGUCACCAUUGAGUAUAUUGUGGAGAGUUUACCGGACAGGGGACGCUCGUGUUGGCAUCUUGGCGCUGUUUGGGCCUUGAGUCAGUUUCAAGAGAAUGAA